AUGGAGGUCACCGCUCGUCGUGCUGCUGUGCUGCUCCUCCUGCUUCUAUCUCAGGCCCUGCUCACUGUUCACUCACAGGAGGAGGAGGAGGCCGUCCAGGAGGAGGAGCUGCAGGAGGAGGACCAGCAGGUGAUCGAGACAUGGACGAGGAACAUCAAAGCCUGCACCUGCGACUGUGAAUCUGCUGAUUCACCGACACGCAGCCCUGCUGUCAUACCAGCUGUCUUGCCGACCUCACCACCACCGCCGCCGCCACCUCAGGGUCACCCACUGACCUGCAUGCCAGAAUGCCCCUACCACGGAGCCCUGGGCUUUGAAUCUGGAUCCGUGACUUCGGACCAGAUCAGCUGCUCCAAUCAGGACCAGUACAGCGGCUGGUAUUCCUCCUGGAUCCCCAACAAAGCUCGCCUUAACAACCAGGGCUUUGGGUGUGCGUGGCUGUCUAAGUUUAACGACCAGUACCAGUGGCUCCAGAUCGACCUGAAGGAGGUGGGCGUGGUGUCCGGCAUCCUCACUCAGGGCCGCUGUGAUGCUGAUGAGUGGAUCACCAAAUACAGCAUCCAGUACCGCUCUGUGGAAACCCUCAACUGGAUCUAUUACAAAGACCAGACAGGAAACAACAGGGUCUUCUAUGGAAACUCUGAUCGCUCCUCCACGGUGCAAAACCUUCUGCGCCCUCCUAUAGUGGCCCGUUACAUCCGCCUGCUGCCGCUGGGAUGGCACACCCGCAUCGCCGUGAGGCUGGAGCUGCUGAUGUGCAUGAACAAGUGUUCCUGA